UUUCAUUUGUAAAAAUGUUUUUAAGUAAAAAAAAACAUUUGUUAAAUAGAAUGCAUAAAAAGUAGAAGAAUGAGGUUAAUAUGUAAUUUGUCUAUGCGUUAAGUUAUUAAAGAUUUAAAAAGUGUAUUUACCAGGAUUAUGUCCGAUUCAGAGCAGGAAAAUGAAAAUUUUUGCUUUUAUGGAAAGCCUUUAGAUCCUUAUGACGAAGAUGCAUUCCCUAAAAGGCGACCCAUUUCCGUUGAGGAACAGAUUGCUACUGAUGCACAAGGUAGGCGACGGUUUCAUGGUGCAUUUACAGGAGGUUUUUCUGCCGGAUUCUUUAAUACUGUCGGAUCCCUCGAAGGAUGGACUCCAAGGGAAUUCAAAAGUACCAGACAAGAGAAAGCCUUGCUACAUAAGCAGAAACCGGAAGAUUUUAUGGAUGAAGAAGAUCUGGGGGAGUUUGGUAUAGCACCCCAGGUUGUUAAGGCGACCAAGGAAUUUUCUACAUCAAAGAAGAGAAAAAAACAGUUUUCAGAUGGGCCUAUUCCUGGUGAACCAGUGCUGCAUAAGAUUUUGGAAAGUGGAAAUGAAACAGUGGGUUACAUUUUGCUCAAAAACAUGGGCAUAAGGGAUAAAAUAAGGGAAAGUCAAGAAGCAGAGAGCUCUCAAAAUAAAAUUUAUGGGUGUGAAAUUCCCAAGUCAUAUGAAAUUCCAGAUGAUAUCCAUGCCAAACAGUACCAGGUGCCUGAAAUUUACAAACAAUUGCUAAUUAACCCCAAAGAUAACACUUUUGGCUUGGGUUACUCAGGGUUAGAUAAUGUUAAUUUAUUUCCAGAUCAAAGCUUAAAAUUUGUUGUUGCUGGUAAAGGCAAUAAAAAAAUGUCAAUAACAGGUCAGGCUUUUGGGGUAGGAGCUUUUGAAGAAGAUGAUGAUGAUAUUUAUGUGAAGGAGGAUAUGAAUAAAUAUGAUUUCGAGUUAGGGGAAGAGAAAAUUUCCGAAUCACAAAAACAGGUCCUAAAAAAAGGCGCCAUUUUUGAUACGUUUUUGAAAGCUAAGAGUCCCCUGUUGCAGAAAACUUACUUUGCACCUCCCCACAUUCCUCAUAGCUUUACUGGUAAGCACAAAAUUAAAAAAUCAAGGUUUGAGCCUUUGUUAGAAGAUCAAAACAAGAAUCCAGAAAAAGUAAAAAUUAAUCCACUACUGAGGGCAAAGUAUUUAGGUGAAGACACACAAGAGGAAUUUACACCAUCAAAAUCGAUGUCAGGAUCCGAAAAACAAAAGAUUAGGAAAGAGGAUUUACUUCCAAGUACAUCGCAAAAAAGUUUUGAUGCUUCUUCAAUUUAUCUAAACGACAAAUUCAUCUCAUCAUCUGAAAAUGAGAAUGUUUACGAUAUUUUGGAACCUGUGAAGAAAAUGGGUACCACCCAUGGCACAGAACAAAUGAGGGACGCCGCGCGGAUGAAAAUGUUUGGGCCCUUGACCCGGAUUACAACCGACUUCAUCCCUUGUUCAGCUCUAUGCAAACGGUUCAAUGUUCCAGAGCCUCAUACUGAAAAAUUGGAACAUACCAGAAAAAAAACAAAAAAUCUCAUUUUUGAAUAUCAAAAACACAAAGAGAAUGAAACUUUUACACCAGGGUUAUCUACGAACCCCACCGACCAGGCAGAAAACAUAAUAAAAUUGGAACACAGUGAAGAGAACCCUAUUGAAAACAACCAACCAACAGCUACAGAAAAAGAUACAGGAAUGAACCAGGAAACAGAGGCGCCAUAUCCAGAGAUAGAGCAAAAUGUAUCUAAAGAUAUAACCGACAAAUUAAAUGUGGAUCAAAACCAGGAUUUGUUCAAAGCUGUCUUUCUGAGCAGUGAUAGUGAAUCGGAAAAUGAGGGAGAACAUGAAAAUGAGAAGAUUAAAAAGAAUGAAGAGUUUAAACAAGUCGUUUUGUCAGAUCAGAUGAUUCCAAAGUUAAAGCCAAUUAAGGAAGGGAUUUUGUCCAAUGUAAAUUUUCAUGUUUUCAAAAAACCAAAUUUCGCAACAAAUGACCAGAAAGAGGUCGAAGACGAUAAAAAAAUUGUGGAAGUUAAUGCGGAAAGAAAAAUAGAUCCCAGUCUGUACGGUCCCAGAAUUCCAGAAAAAUUUCCCCAAGAAAAGGGUGAAGAAAGCAUAAAGGUAUCGAGUGACAGUGAGGAUGAAUGGAUAGAAAAGGACGGGUCAGAGACAAGAAAACACAUCUAUAAAAGAGAGAGGAAGCGCAAGAAACAUAAAAAGAAACGAAAGAAAGAUAAAAUAGGUUAACAAAAAAUUUAAUGGAUUUAAGUCUGGUUUUCUGUGAUAUUGAAAUAAACUAUCCCUUGUAUUAAAUUUGUUUACCUGAAAGUGUCAUUAGCGAUUAAUAAAUGGAAUGCGGUGAUCAACUAAACUCUCUUGUUUAGUUGCCUCUCGUUGAAUUAGUCUCGCAUUUAAUAAACUUUUUGUUCAAAGAAAGAUAGUAACACUUCAUCGUUGUGGCGAGAGGAGGUU